GCGGGAAGAACCGCAAAAAACUGGACUUUUACCAAUCGUGGACAAGCUAUACACGCGCUAUUGCAAUCAGUCUAACGUAUCAGCUUCCUUGCUAGAACACAAAAAACCUCCACGACGAAACAGAAGCAGCGAGCGACACGUCCGCGUCUCUAAGCCAAAAGCGCCCCGUGCAAGACUACCCGAGGACAACCUCAUGGACUCUACAGCAAUCAUGGACAUGGAUCAUCGCGGAAGCUGGGGGUCGCGCGAGGGGGACAUCGGGAUGAAAGGAACAAGAUUCUACAGACUGAUUGCAGUGUCUCUGGGGCUGCUGUGUGUUGUACUACUGAUUGCUAUUAUACCUCUCUGUAUCCAUUAUAAUAAAGAUGUUAAUAAUACCAGGGAGACUCUGAUGGUCCUGAAAACAGAGAGAGACCAACUACAGACCAAUUACAGCACUGUUAUAGCAGAGAGAGACCAACUACAGACCAAUUACAGCACUGUUAUAGCAGAGAGAGACCAACUACAGACCAAUUACAGCACUGUUAUAGCAGAGAGAGACCAGCUACAGACCAAUUACAGCACUGUUAUAGCAGAGAAAGACCAGCUGCAGAAGAGGCUGGCCAUUUUAGAGCCUCCCUGCCCUGAGGACUGGAUAGAGUUCAACUCCAGUUUGUACUUCCUAUCCACUGAACAACAGAAGACCUGGAGACAUAGCCGAAGUGACUGCAUAGAAAGAGGAGCUGACCUGGUUAUCAUUAACAGCAGAAAGGAACAGGAAUUUUUGAAUGGAUUAAUGAAGACAAAACAUUUCUGGAUCGGCCUGAGCGACACAGACGAAGAAAACACUUGGAAGUGGGUAGACGGCACAGUACUGACCUCAGGGUUCUGGAAGACAGGGGAGCCUAAUGACGCUGAUGAUAUGGAAGACUGUGCUACAAGUGAACCUGAAUCUAAUCCAAUCAGCAACUGGAAUGACAUGCCUUGCUCCAGGGAUAGGAACUGGGUUUGUGAAAGAUCAGUGUGUCAUUAACAUCUCUCUCUCUCUCUGUCUCUCUCUCUCGCUCUCUCUCUCUCUCUCUCUCACACACACACACCACUCACACAUGCAAAUUUAAUAAUCUCUGGGGAAAUAAUUAUGCUACAUGGCCAAAAGUGUGUUGACACCUGACACCCAACAUCUCAUCCAAAAUUAUGGGCAUUAAUAUGGAUGGAGUUGGUCCACCCUUUGCAGCUGUAACAGCCUCCACUCCUCUGGGAAGGAUUUAGACUCGAUGUCAGAGCAUUGCUGCAGGGGUUUGCUUCCAUUCAGCCAGAGGAACAUUAGUGACGUUGGGCUCUGAUUGGACGAUUAGGCCUGGCUCGCAAUUGGCUUUCCAACUGAUAUCAAAGGUGUUGGGGACCAAGGGCUGUCCAGAUACUUUUGGUCAUAUAGUGUAUUUAGAUGUUUUACAAAGGAAAACAUUUAAGGAAACACAGGAGACUUGUGAUAAGACCCCUGUUCCAAGAUAUGCAUUUCGUCCUGUUUAUAAUUCUACUGCAAUUAUUGUAAUAAUCAUUUGUCCCUUUUACAUAUACAUAUUUACCUUUUAAUGUUGUUAUCUCAUCUUUACUUAUAGUCUCUUGUGUUCUUGCCUUAAUUUUAUUAUUGAUCAUUCAGCAGCAUAAAAUCAUGUGUUCAAUUGGCAUUUAAUCUGUACUGAAUUAUACUGUUUUUAUUGAUAUAAUUGUUUUGUAAUCUUGUGUCUGGUUAAAUUGAUGUGUUUUAGUAGAAAAGUAGCAAAAAUUAAUUUUGGUUGUAGAUAUUUAUGCAAGAAAUGUGAAUGUGUACUAAUCAUAAUGGAUGUACUGCCAUCUAAUGGUAAUGUAGUGAAUUUCAAUGUUUUAUUUCAAGAAGGGAUGGGUUGUAACAUAAUGCUUAAUGAAGGAUCUUCUUUCCUAAAA